AUGUCCAGGGAGCACAAUUUGGAUACAAGUAAUUGGAAGCGUCUGGAGGAAGGUACGGUCAAAAUUAAUGUUGAUGUUGCUGUUUCUAAGGAGCUGAAUGUGGUGGGAACGGAUGUCAUAGCUACGGGAGCAGAUGGGGUUAUAUUGGGUGUAUCAAUCAAAACUCAUGUUGGUAUUAGCUCUUCCCGAAUAGUAGAGGCUCUCACCGUGCAGGGUGGUUUGUACAUGGGUCUUGCGUUGAAUCUUUUCAAGGUUAUAGUUGAAUACGAUGCUGAAGCCAUUGUCACAAGUUGUGUGGCGACGAAGACUCUAGCCAAGGAUAUUGCUGUUCUAGUUCAUGAUUGUCAGGCCUUUAAGGGCUUGUUUUUAGCUUGUGAUUUUUAUUUUGUUAAAUGUGAGUAUAAUCAGGCUGCACAUGUUAGUGCCAGAAAAGUCCUUUCUGGUGGUUCGUCCGAGUUAUGGACAACUACUCUGCCCACAUGGGAUUCUAUCAUUUCUGAUGUUUAG